UUUGUUUUCUCGUGUCUCCCUGAUCAUCACUGUCCCUCGACGCUCUCUCCCAUCUCGUCACACCCGUACCGUCUCUCUAGAUGUCAGGCUUCGUGACUGCGGUGCCCGUCGCCGUGGGCAGGUCCGUCUUGGCGCCUCUGUCUCUACUCCCCAGCCGCUACCAGGCGACGGACGUCCGUGUUGGUCAAGAGGCGUCGGAGUCCUCGCCAUCCCCAUCGUCCGAGAAAGUUCCACCUCAAUUCACUCGCGAGCCCCUCACUGAGCUUCUCAAGAGCGUGUCCAGCCUCAACUCGUACGCGCCUCACCCUCUGAUCCCUUUUGGCCACCUGCAGACCAUCUACUCUGCCGUCGCCGAUACCGUCAACGUCGACGUCGUCCAUUACAAACGCCAUGUGCUCCUCCUACCUGAUGGAGGGACAGUGGCCGUGGAUAUCUCGCCUCCGGAAUGGGACGACCCUUCGAGCCCCGAGGAGCAGAAUAGACCUACCGUUGUCCUCAAUCAUGGCUUGACAGGCGGCUGCCACGAGACCUAUGUUCGCCACGUCAUCCCACCUCUCAUCGAAAGUGGAUACCGCUGCGCAGUAGUCAAUUUCCGCGGCUGUGGACAAACGCCCGUCACCUCCCCUCAGAUGUACUCAGCAGCCAAGACGGAUGAUCUACGCACCGGCCUCCUCUGGAUGCUCCAGCGCUGGAAGCAGACCGAAUUUGCAUUGAUUGGCUUCUCACUGGGCGCCAAUGUCGUAGCCAAGUAUUUGGGAGAGGAAGGAGACUCCACGCCAGUCCGAGGUGGACUCGUACUUGCCACACCCUUCGAUCUGAAGAUGGGCAGCGACAGCCUCGAGGGAAGCAAGCUUUACGACCACAAGAUGGCGGGCAACCUCGCCCAGCGAAUCGGCACAGCUGCUGGCGCCCUAAGCCUCGACCCAAAGCUCAGAGCACCCCUACGUCGGCUCCUCGACCCACAAGGAUACGCGAAGGCCCAUCCGGACGAAGUGGCGCAGCGUAAAGUCAAGCCAGGCUCCCUCAAAUGGGUUGACGACUCCAUCACGCGUUUUGCCGGCGGCUACUCAAAGCCAUACGGCACCUUCCCGUUCGACUCAGCAGACGACUACUAUAAUGCGAAUGGAAGCAUUCAUUUCCUGCACAACGUAGCACGACCGCUGCUCUGCAUCAAUUCGGACGACGAUCCCAUUGUUCCUUACCACAUUCUGGAGGCUACCUGGGAGGCCAGCAAGAGCAAUCCGAACGUCGCUCUGGCUGCAACGCGUGGUGGGGGACAUCUAGGCUGGUGGGAAGCAAAGGGACUCAAGGGGGCGAAGAAGCCAACUAGGUGGCUGGGUCCCGUAGCCAAGCAGUGGGUUGAGCAGGUGUUCCAGAGCCCGAUCAGGAGUGGCGAUGCGGAGGGGUACAAGACGCGAAACAACCCGUGGCUGCAGGGAGACGUAGAGACGGUUGAGGAGGUUCAGUACGAGUUGCUCAGCGAGGACGAGGUGCUCGACUUUGACUUUGAGGGAGGCGCCGAGGCGGCAAAGGCUGCCGACGAGGCUGACGCCAAGCUCAAGGCUGAGCUACCUGCGAUUCUUCCCGAGGUCAACGCCGAGCAAGACGGCGACGCAGCUGCGCCCACCGUGCAAGAUUCCAUGGCUCGCCCACGUCACGCCUGGCUCCUCACGCCGCUGCUGUCGCAAGACGUCGCGCCCCUUCUUCACCCAACUCACCACCCCAAGUUCACCGCCCUCAAGCAGCCCAGCGAACGCUCCUUGAUCACCACAGGCACAAUGUACCGCUGCCGCUCCCGCCCCCACGUUGGCUUCAUGGAGCUUGACGCAGACUCGCGCGUCGCAGGGUGCGGUCUGACCUUUCAGGGUGGUAAAGCCAUUCCAGGGCAGAGCACCGAUACCAAAGGCGACAGGAUCGAUGCGAAGGGCAAGAAGGAAGGGUGGAGGAGGGGGAAGAAGUCGACGAUGGGUGGGCUUUGAGAAGCCAACGAACCAUAGCAUGGCCGACGGCGAUACUAUAAACGGCGGCAAGACGCUUGCGCCUUCCCUCACCUCUUCUAGAACAUAGAUCGCACGUAGAUCUCCCUCCUCGUAGAUAGACAGCCAGCAUCAAAUAACAUCCCCUCUCACGAUCAUAAGAAACCACAAUUCACAUCACGUUGAGAGUCUAUAAU